AGAGAAGUGGAAAUGGGUGUAGGCUUUAGCUCACUGAACUACAUGACAGUUUCUGGAGUUUCGUUUUCAUUUCCACUAGAAGAGUUCAUGCAAGUGUCAAGGAAGUUAAAAAUGUUGAGUUUUGGUGAGGAUCAUCUGUAUGAUCCACCACAAUGGUUUGGAGGAUUUUCCACAUAUGGUGGAUGAAAAUGAAGAGUUGCUGCAAAAGUGCAUGUCUGAAAGUGAAAUUGAGAUUCCACGAUUAACUGAUCGUGAAAGGCUCGAGAAGCUACGGCAAUGCCUUUUAAACCUUAAGUCUUUGAGAAAGCUAUUUAUUGCAAGCUGCCUAAGACUUGUUUCUUUGCCAGAUGCGGUGAUUUACAGCAGUUUAUAUCUUGAAGAGUUGAAAUUCAGAGAUGUGAGACUCUGAUUUCCAUUGGAAGACAACAGCUACCUUCAACACUAAAAAGGUUAGAGAUUAUUCGUUGCUACAAAUUGCAGAGGCUGCUGGAUGAGGGAGGGACUUGUUCCUGUUCUAGGAAUAAGGAGGAGGAGAGUAUCAGCUGUGACACUAACGCAUCUAAUCUCCAAUGUUUGAUAAUUGAUGACUGUAACUCUCUUACAUUCUUAGGAGAGUUAUCUGCUUCCCUUAAACGUCUGGUUAUCACACAUAUGGUUGUCAUGUAUCCCAUAAUUGGUGCAGUUGGACAAGGUACAAGGUUAGAGUCAAUAGCUGAAAGGUUGGACAACAACACAUCUCUUGAAUCUAUUGAAAUCAGAUAUCUUCAAAAUCUUAAUUCUUUACCAGAGAACUUGCACAUGCUCUCCAAUCUCCACCAUAUUUGGAUAUGUCAAUAUCCACAUCUCAUUUCUUUCCCUCAAGGAGGAUUGCCCAUCAUCCAUCUGAAAAGUGUUACAGUUGAAGACUGCGAGAAACUCGAGACCUUUCCUGAUAACGUGCGCAAUCUCACAUCUCUUCAAACAUUGAUGAUAAUUAAUUGCGCAAGUUUUGUCUCUUUCCCUCAGGGAGGGUUGCCCAUCAAUCUAGAAACACUUGAAGUUGAAUCAUGUGAGAAACUCGAGACCCUUCCUAAUAACAUGCACUAUCUCACAUCCCUUCAAGAAUUGACAAUGAAGAAUCGCCCAGGCAUUAUAUCCUUUCCAGAAGAAGGUUUCCCCACCAACCUGACUUCACUUUGUAUUAUUAAAAACGUCGAGAUCUGCACUGCUCUGUUUAAUUGGGGUUUGCACAGGCUCACCUCUCUCAAGAACCUCGUUAUUACUGGCAGAUGUCCUGGUGUGGUGUCCUUUCCACAGGAUGAGAUAGAUAUGAAUUUGCCUACCUGUCUUACCAGCCUUACAGUCGAAGGAUUCGAAGAUCUGAAAUACCUUCUAACAAAGGUUUUCAAAGCCUUGCCUUACUUGAAUGUCUGAGGAUCGAGAGAUGCCUUAAGCUUGUCUCCUUUCCAAAGUAUGGUCUGCCUCCCUCUCUUCUGGAAUUGUAUAUCUACUGCUGCCCUCUACUUGAACAAAGGUACCAGAAGGGUAAAAAGCAACAGUUGUCAGAAUUAGACCGCAUUCCGUUUGUGGAAUUUGAAUAGUACACAAGUUAAUCAAUUUUGAAAGAACUCGAGCUAGAUUAUCUAUUUUCAUGAUGCAUGCUUCUUUUCUUUAUUUUUUCUUUUUAAUUUAUUUCUUUAACGUCUGCAGAUUUAUAUAGUGGCAGUGAAGAGGGAGAAUUGGGGUUUGAAAGCUUGAGCUUAAUCCAGACCAAUUGAAGGACUGGAAAAACGUUAUUCAUUUCUACACAACUAAGAUAGCUUUUAAGUUAUGAUUCUCCAAUCUCCAAGGCCAAGAAGCUCAAGGCCUGACCAAAGAACUAAAAAUAAGUCAUCCUGGCAUCAUCUCUUCUCAUCAAUAUCCCCCUUUCAUCGAGCAAAAAGUACCGUAUCAAGACUCUGGUGAAUUGUAUAUAUUGCUGAAUUCACAAGAAUUUUUCUGUCUUGUUCUGUUGCAUCACUGCAAAAUGUACUAUCAUAUUGGUCACUUGCAGAAGUUUACCCUUUUGCUUCUCUUCAACACUCGAUGAUCAGUCAUAGAAAGGAAAAUUUUCCCCUUUCUGCA